AUGGUUUCGCAUAUUAAAACUAGAGAAUAUGCUAAACCUCGAACAGGAGAACCCUUCUUCGAGUGUUUUGAAGAAAUAUCAUUAAAAAAUGCAGUCCUGACUUAUUUUGCAUUUUUACUUCUUAAUCUCCUCGGCAGAUUACAAGAUUUCUUGCGGAAACAUGGUAUUCUUGAUAAUCCAGCUUCUAAGGAGAACCCAUUAACCAAGUCAUUUGUCCCUCUUUACUCGGAUUAUGAAGCCUUUUAUACAAGAAAUCUCUAUCGACGUGCCCGAGAUUGUUGGAAUCGACCUAUUUGUUCAACUCCUGGACCGGAAAUAGUUCUCAUGGAUCGAGUCUCUUAUGACAGCUGCUGGACUUUCGAAAUGACUAAUACUACUACAAAAGUAUUAAACUUUGGCUCAUAUAACUACCUCGGAUUCGCAGAGCCUUCUGGACCUUGCAUCGAGUCAGAUAUUAAAUCCAUAGAAAAAUAUGGACUUGGCAUCGCAAGCUCACGUCUUGAAGUCGGCACUUUAGAUAUCCAUGUAGAGCUGGAGAACCUAGUAGCUGAAUUUGUUGGUCAAGAGGCUGCUAUUGUUUUCGGAAUGGGCUUCGCUACCAAUGCUCUUAGUAUGCCCCGUAUUUUUGACAAGAACUCCUGCAUAAUCAGUGAUGAACUGAAUCAUACCAGUUUGAUUCUAGGAUGUCGUUUGUCGGGUGCUACCGUUCGACGGUUUAAACACAAUGACAUGGAUGAUCUUGAAAGGUGUCUCAAGGACGCUGUUAUUUACGGAAGGCCUAGAAGUCGACGACCCUUCUCGCGCAUUUUCAUAAUUGUGGAAGGCAUCUAUAGUAUGGAGGGCAGUAUUGCUCAUUUGCCGGAAAUAAUCGCGCUGAAGAAGAAGUAUAAAGCCUACAUCUACUUGGAUGAAGCUCACAGUAUUGGUGCGUUGGGUCCUCGUGGUCGUGGGGUGGUGGAUUACUUCGGUGCCGAUCCCAAGGACAUUGAUAUCGCCAUGGGGACAUUCACAAAGAGCUUUGGCUCAUCGGGUGGUUACCUGGCCGGAACGAAGAGGUUCAUCGACUUUGUACGCACAGAGUCCUACAGCUCAAUUUACGGUGGUACUAUGCCUGCUCCUGUGUGUCAACAGAUUAUCACUUCAAUGAAGAUUAUUAUGGGAAGAGAAUGCCCUGGCGAGGGUGAACGGAGGUGUGUGCGCGUAAUAUAG